CCAAUGAACAAGAGCCUGGCUGGUUAGCUACGGGACAGCCGGACAGUAGGUAGCCGGGAACAGACAAGCGAUGCCAAAGCUCAGCGCAGGUGCUGGUACUUCCCAAGAAUGGAAAGCAGGCGGUGCUCCAGGGGCUAUGCGGCUGCGAUGAGCGCCGAGCGGAGCGGCGGGGUGCUUGGCGCUGCAGUAAGGAGGCCCAGCGACGCCCGAGCGCGAGCGCUGAGGCCGCGGCGUGGAGGACGGAACGCGGCAGGCGGGCCUCCGGGGUCCCGCCGGACGCAGUUCUCAGUAGCACUCCCGAGCGUCUCCUCUCCACACAGGGGGUUAACCUGGCCGUGGGGAACAACGGCUGGGCCUGCAAUUCCCCCUCCUCAUCCUCCCUCCAGAAGAACCAUCCCAAGCUGUAGCCCCGGCUUCAGUAGAGAUUAGAGGGCGCAGCGGCCUCCCGGGGCAAGCCUCUGCCUCCCGGUCACAGCCCCGGGACCUGAAAGGAAAAGCACCUGCCACGGACUUUCCUCCGGGCAGGGGCCGAACAGCCCAGCGGCUGGCGAGAAAGCCAGGAAUCUCAGUAUGAAUCAGUCUAGAUCUACAUCAGAUGAUGGUGGCGAAGAAACCUCAUUUCAAGACCAUGAUCAUCCUGAAAAUGAGAGAAGAUGGCAGCAAGAGCGUCUCCACAGAGAGGAAGCUUAUUAUCAGUUUAUUAGUGAACUCAGUGAUGAAGAUUACCGACUAAUGAGAGACCAUAAUCUUUUAGGCACCCCGGGAGAAAUAACAUCAGAAGAACUACAACAGCGGUUAGAUGGAGUCAAGGAACAACUGGCAUCUCAGCCUGACUUUAGAAACGGGACAAAUACCAGAGACUCAGCAGUCCCUAGAGAAAGUUCAGAUGAAGAUUUUCUACUAGAAUGGUUAAAUACCUUUCGCCGCACAGGCAAUGCAAUUCGAAGUGGACAAAAUGGGAAUCAAACUUGGAGAGCUGUGAGUCGAACAAAUCCAAAUAGUGGAGAGUUUCGGUUUAGUCUGGAAAUCCACAUCAAUCAUGAGAAUAGAGGAUUUGAAACUCAUGAUGAAGAUAAUAUAGGCAUUCCACUUUCAGAUAUUAGCAGUGAUCAUACUACAGAGAGACAGCAAAGAUCACCUAGUCCUGUGGCUAGGCGAACAAGAAGCCAAACUUCAGUGAAUUUCAGUGGUAGUAGUUCCAACAUUUCAAGGACUAGGCUUGACUCAAGAGGGCAGAAUUCAGUAGAAAGAUUUUUCUCAACCUCAGGAAGUUUAAGAAAUGGAGCUGGGAGAGCAGUUGGCAUUCCUAGAACUAGUGCUCCACGUGCUAAUUUCAGUAGUCACACAAACCAGUCAGGUGGUAGUGAACUUGGGCAAAGGGAUGGGCAACGAUUUGGAGCAGCACAUGUUUGGGAAAAUGGGGCUAGAACUAAUGUGACAGUGAGGAAUACAAACCAAAGAUUAGAGCCAAUAAGAUUACGGUCUACUUUCAGUAGUCGAAGCCGUUCACCAAUUCAGAGACAAAAUGACACUAUUUAUCAUAAUUCACAAAGAGAAGGUAGAUCUUUACAACAAACCAUUAGAAGGUCUGAUAGGAGGAGAGGUAUAACUCGUGUCUUUUUAGAACAAGAUAGAGCACGCAGAGGAACAGCAUAUACCCCAUUCUCUAACUCAAGACUCGUGUCAAGAAUAACAGUAGAAGAAGGAGAAGAAUCUAGCAGAUCUUCAAGUGCUGCACGACAUCCAACAAUCACAUUGGACCUUCAAGUGAGAAGGAUUCGUCCUGGAGAGAACAGAGAUCGGGAUAGUAUUGCAAAUAGAACUCGAUCUCGAGUAGGGCUAGCAGAAAAUACAGUCACUAUUGAAAGCAAUAGCGGGGGCUUUCGCCGAACUAUUUCUCGUUUAGAGCGGUCAGGUAUUCGAACCUAUGUUAGUACCAUAACAGUUCCUCUUCGUAGGGUAUCUGAGAAUGAGCUUGUUGAACCAUCCUCAUUGGCUCUACGGUCAAUUUUAAGGCAGAUCAUGACUGGAUUUGGAGAACUGAGUUCUCUAAUGGAGGCCGAAUCUGAGUCAGAGAUUCAGAGAAAUGGUCAGCGUUUACCAGAGAUGGAUUCAGAACUGAGUAACCUAGUGAAUGACAUUAGUCAGCACCAUGAAGGUUCCUCUCAGGACAGAUGGGCUCAAGAAGACAACACUGAAAUGAGUGGUGAAAAUGAGACCACUCAGCCUCAUAUCCAAAACAGUGAUAGUAGAAGUAGUAGGCAGUUGCGGAAUUCAGAUAACUUAAUGGAAACUGGAACACUACCUAUUCUUCGUCUUGCUCACUUCUUUUUACUGAAUGAAAGUGAUGAUGAUGGUCGCAUACGUGGCUUAACCAAAGAGCAGAUUGACAAUCUUUCUACCCGAAACUAUGAGCAUAACAGUAUUGACAGUGAACUAGGUAAAAUCUGUAGUGUUUGUAUCAGUGACUAUGUAACUGGAAACAAGCUCAGGCAAUUACCUUGCAUGCAUGAAUUUCACAUCCAUUGUAUUGACCGAUGGCUCUCAGAGAAUUGCACUUGUCCUGUAUGUCGACAUCCUGUCUUAGGGUCCAGUAUAGCAUAGAAUGGAUGAAGUGAUGGAUUUAUUAAAGUACUGCAUUUCAGUGGAGCUGAGUAUUCACGCAUUCUUUUGUUAUUUGUGAUGAACUAUCCAGGAUGAAAAGUAACAUUAUUAUAGUUAAACUAUUUUUGUGUGUUUUUUUAACUUGUUAAAAAGAGAACAUUUAUAUAAUAUUUAAAAUGCAAAUGUUAAAUUAUUCAAAAGUACAGAAUAAUUAAUAUUGCUAGAACCAAAUAACCUUUACAAUUAUUUUAUUUUGGUGAUUUUGUCAUGCUAAGCACUUUUGUAUACACUGCACAGUUCAGUGGGUUAAAAAUCAAUCUUCUUUUUCUUAAUAGUACAAUAGACUCUACUUGAAACUUCAAAUUCCAUAGUCUUAGUACUGUGUCCAGACAUUGGUGUCUAAAUAAGCCUUUCAUUACCUUUUUAUUCUAAGGACAAUAUCUUAUAAAAAAAUGUUUGGCUGAAUGUUUGCUAAAUGUUUUUAAGUUACUUAAAAUGUUAAAUUUAAUAUGCAGCAUACCAUAUGUGUAUAUAUAGCUAUAUAAUUUUAAAGUUAAAAUAUUCAGUCUAAAUGAUACCAGUGUGGUUGUUAUUUAAGCUUUUCAGCUAUUAUUGCAUAUGGCACAAUAUUUAAUAUUUACAAGAUUGUCUCUGGGAGUGGAUUAAGAUAUUUAAAAAUAGAUAAUUUAAUGAAGCGUCUCUGACAAUCUGACUUCUUAGACAGCAAGCAAUAUAUAAUUCUGAACAAGUCUUUCUUUAUUCAGAAAUGGAACAUGGACAUUUUAGAACAUAUAGGUUAUUUAACUUGAGUCCAGCCUUUUUGUGACUUUUUAGAAAGUGCAAAAAUUCUUCGAUUAUAAUAAGUAAGGUACACAAUAUGCAUGGAUUCUCAGAUUUUAUUUUAGAGUCUAAAGAAUGUCUAUAAAGAAUCAAAUGCAUAGAUAAUAUGUUAAGUUCACUUGAAAGCCAAAAACUCCAAAUAAAACAAAACGAAAUACCCUUAAGAGAAUGUAGAAUUUAUAUAAACACAAAGUAUGCCUUGAAGAUCUAUUUCUACCAAUAAAUAUUAAAACAAA